CCGGCGAUGGUGGCGAUGUGACGGUUCAGAAUUAUUGACUACUGCUGUGUACUGCUGUUAUAUUUACAGAUGGAUGUCGCGAUAUUUUAGAAGAUAAUUUCAAACAAACGUGACGAGUGUAACGAUCAGCUCUUGUUAGUGUAAUAUUCUUGCUAUCAAGGUGAAAAAUAAUAGCAGACCUUAGACCUGGAAAUUAAGAUAAUCACGUAUAUAGACUUUCCGAAAUUUUACGUUAUUGCAACAAAUCAGAUUUUGCGAUAUUUCCAUGUUUCAGUGCUAAACCUAACAAUCAUCCGUAAUUAAAUGAAUAAUAAGCUUUAAAUUAUUACGAAAAUUGUUUUUGGUCUGAAAUAAUCUAGUGUUUGUUCGAGAUGGAGCAAGAUGCGCAAGAAGAGUUGCAAUUUGUGGUAGAUGAUGUGAGCACCAUUAUCAAGGAAGCAAUUGAAGUGUCAAUAGGUGGCAAUACUUAUCAGCAUAAUAAAGUUAAUCAAUGGACUUCGAACGUGGUAGAGGCUUGCUUGGGCAAUCUUACAAAAUUACAGAAGGCCUAUAAAUAUAUCGUGACUUGCACAAUCAUGCAGAAAAACGGAGCUGGACUUCAUACUGCAAGUUCAUGUUACUGGGAUAAUGCUACUGAUGGCAGUUGCACAGUGCGCUGGGAAAAUAAAACUAUGUAUUGUAUUGUAUCUGUUUUUGGAUUGGCUCUAUAAAUUUAUGUCUGCGUAACAAAUUUUGCUUUUGAAAAGAAUUCAAUAUUUUGGCAAUGAUGAGGUAUUCAGUAAAUGCCAUACUUUCGAAAAUAAAACGUUUUGUUCUUGUUCGAUAAAACUUAAUAUUUUUGUUUGAGAAAUUGCAGAAAUUAGGGAAAUAGCAGACAGAGUAUGACUGUGCUUAAAAGUUACACAACGCAAUGAUUAAUAUAUGUAAUAUACUAAAAUUGGACAUGUAUACACAAAAUAGAUUGUGCUGAGAUAUAU